AUGCCAACUUCCUCAUCCUCAUCCACCCUUCUCCUCCUCCUAUCCUCUCUCGCCCUCCUCAAUCCCAGCAAUGCCCUUCCGUGGACCGGAGCCCAGCCAACAGGUAUAUACAACAACAGGGAAAUAGCGUGGUCAUCUCCCCGACCGACGCCGCCCGUCCCUGAUAUAAUUCCCCCCGCCGCCGCCAACAACCUCUUCACUACCAAGGGCGGAGCGUCAGUUUCGGUAGACGACGUCGUCAACGUGUGUGGCUGGGCGGGAGGCAGCAACGCGGAGAGUUCCGUAGUAUGUCGUCCGGUCGGGUCCUCUUGCGAGAGAAACACCGUACGUGCGGUUAUCGGGUGCUGUGCGACGACGGAUUGCAGCGCUGCGGGUGUUGUCUAUUCGAGAUGCGCGGAUGGGAAUAACGCCGGCUUGUGGAUGUCGGAUUCGGGCAUGCGGCGGGAUGGGGGCGUUCUCUCUUGGUUAGCACUUCCAUUCAUUCGUUACUCACACACGUAUAUACACAGAGAGAGAGAGGGUCGCUUGCUGAUAUCGACAGAUAGUUCUGGGGCCAACGUCUGCUACCGCAAUACCUAUCCAGGGAGCGAUUACCAAUAUAGAUGCCGUGCUUCAGCGGCCGCAACAACAGUGGUCGAAACCACGUACUCGGGUCAAGCUCCAGAUACGCUCCUCCUCCUCCAGAUCGUAUCCAGCGGGGUGAAUCCCAGCCCGCUAUCUGUCGCCGCGUCCUCGACAGCUUCCUUACCAACAACUAGCAGCAGCUCUGCGAUUGCUGUAUCUUCGGCCUCGUCGUCAUUCUCGUCUUCUGCGUCUUCCAAACUCCCAUUAUCGAAUAGCUCAAUGUCUACUUCAACAGGGUUGACGAGCUCUUCUAGCUCUAACUCCUUCUCUAACUCAUCCCGUUCGACGAAGACGAAAAGUCUAAUCAGAACCACCUCGAUUUACACUCCGACUAUCGCAUUAAACCUAGCAGGAAAGGCAAGUAGUAGCGGAACAACCGCGUCAGAAGCACCGUCAUCAUCAUCAUCAAGCACCGCUCUCAAAGCCGCCGCCGCCGUCGCCGCCGCCGAAGAAGAAAAAGGAGGAGGUACAGAUACCGAUACAAAAGAUACCAACAAGGGAGCACUCAUCGGUGCAUGUCUAGGGGGGGUCCUAGGCCUAGCAUCCAUCGUCGGAUUCGCCCUCUGGUAUGGCCGCCGCCGCCGCCGACGAAGCAGGCAGACCAAGACCCGAGCCGGCUCCUUCAUAAGCAAGCAUCACGGCUCAGAGCCGCCCCCCUCCGGUCCCUUUCUUCAACGACGAACGACCCCGUUCAGCACCGGUGGUUUGGGUUUGCGCUCGAGCAGCAGCAGACCAUCUGAUACCCGCGGGUUACCAACGAGGACGAUGACGAGGAGAACGGCAGAACCACUACCAUCAUCAGCAGCAGCAGCAGCAGCAGGAGAAAUCCCGUCAACACCUCCACCUCCUCCACCACCACCUCCUCCUCCUCCUCCUCAAUCAUCAACAAAUCCUCCGCUCUCCCCUCUCGGCUCAUUCCACAACGGCUACCUCCCAUUGCCCAUCUCAUCAUCCGCAGCGUCCGCAGCGGCACCUAUGCUCCUCCGCGGCGGCAGCGGCGGCAGUGGGGUCACGACACGAGCUCUAGACUGGAGCAUCACGACCGAGGUCCUCCGCGCCCAGCGCCCAUUAGCUCGCAGGAGUAAUGCGUCUUCUUCUUUAUCUUUCUCUUCUCCUUCUCCGCCACUACCCGUACCUCCACCGCCACCUCGCAGCCCACUACGAGAUUCGAAAAGUGUGCAGACGAGUUUGAAUUUGAACUCUAGUUUGUCUGCGAGAGUGGCUGCUGCUGCUGCUACUGCUACUGCUGGUUCUAGGAGGAGGGAGGAAGAAGAAGAAGAGGAGGAGGAGGAGGAAGAAGAAGAAGAAGCUGUGACUAUGGGUAUGAGCAGCGGUGAUGAUGGUGUGCCGAGAUACCAGCUGGUAGAUCAUCGUCAUGAUGAUAACGACGAAGAGGUGGCCAGCAGAGGGGAGGAGCAUAUGCCGAUACUACGCAGGCCUAGUCCUAGUCCUGGACCAAAUCGAGUCGAGGGAGAGAGCCGUAGUAUGCGCGGAUUGCUGGUGUUCGAGGAUUGA